GAUUGCUGAGAGUGUUACUUCGAUAGUUGUUAGUAUACUUUCCACUGCGCAUUAGUAAACUUCAUUGAGUGGAAGACGUGAAUUAGAUUUGAGCAAUGGAAACCUACGUGGAAGACUCCAACAUUCUUGUGUACAACACUCAUGGAAUUAAAAUACUGGGACUCUCUACCAUCGGUGACCUUUGGAAUUGUCGCGAUUCCAGUGCUUGCGGGAAUCUGUUUGGCAAUUCCGAACUCCGAGAUCAUGUUCGUGUCACACCAAAAUCGUACAUGGAGUGCUGUUUUACUCACCUUAAAAGUACCAGCGAUAAAAUAAAGAAUUUUAAAGUUCGGGGAGAAGUCGCACUGGAUAUUCUCUGUGGACUAAUUUCCAACGUGAAAGUUGACUACGAAUCAAAGGCUGAAGAGAAUGUUGAAAAGGAAGAGUUCUGCCUGCGCUACAGUCAAGAGUCCUUCGAACUCAAGCUUCUUCACUCAGCAUCACGGUGCCUCGACCAAAUAAUUGUGGAGAAAAUCUUGGCAGGUGAUAUUAAAGCCACGCACGUUGUUCAAACAAUACUGACGGGAGCCGAAGUAGUGGCCAACAUCACUGUGUCCAGCAAUACAUCUAAUGAGUCCAAAGACUACAGUGGCAGUCUGAACGCUUCGACUGGAGAUAGCUCGUCCCCUUCAAAUUGGGCUAAGAAACUGAAAAACCUCUUCGGCGUUGUUAGCAUCCCCAGCUGCGAAGCCGAACUUAUGAAUUUGGAUAAAAAUAGCACUGCCAAUUUGAACAAGACCUGUCGGAUCUCUAGCACUUUGGGACUGAAACAACCUACGACAAUCUCGGACAUGUUUUCAAUACUGGACGAAAUCCCGUCAAAGCUGGACGAGCAACGAAGCUACCGAGAUUUCAGUCCAGAUAUCACAGGAACGGCAAUUGGAUAUCUUCUUGUUCCUGUGACACAAUUCGUGAGCAAUAUUCCAAUCGAAAAAUUAUUUCUGAGCUUGCGACAAGAAACUCUAAAUGCCGUCCAAGAAAUGCUGAUUACUCUAAUGGACUACCAGCGAUCCGGCUACAUCUACGAUGAGCUACUUUCACUUGAGCCGAGAAUGCGCCAAAUUCUCAACGAUCCGAGAAACGAUAUUACCGAAACAGUCCGAUCGUAUGAACGUGAUUUAUGUCGCCGAGCACGCACUAUGCGACACAAUUUUGUCGAACAGUUUAAGUUGUACAAGAUCAAGGGACCGGAAGUAAAGCUGGAAGAUUUGCUACAACAAUUCCAUACUGAAUUUGACUAUAACGCCAUACUGCAAAAAAUCGAUGAUUUUUUGAACGAAGGACGAUUGGAUCCAACAAUAAACUUUGUACCGUCACAAAAUUCAAACAUAAGAGUUCUCACCAAUCAAAACCAAUUUGACAGUUGGAAAAGCAAUACGUCGCCAAAGAUUUAUCGCCAGACGAAGUCUCCAAUGUCCUUUGUAGCUGUAGAUGCAAUUAGUAAGAUCCAGGACCAGUCAGCGGGAUUCGAAAUUGGAAUCUUAGGUUCGACAAUCAGCCAAGACUAUUCGAUUACUGUUAAAACCGUGAAAAAGUCAGAAACUUACACCUCCACGGAUGUGAUGUUCGUUGUGAACGUGCUGUCAAUUGCACAGGGAAUUUGCGAAGGUCGAGUGAUGGAGUUUUACAAGCUUAUCGCCACGAAGAAGAGAAUCAAACUUCCGCUGUCAUCAGUUGACGACAUUAUCCCGUUGGUUGCGCUCACGAAACCCAGCCAGCAUGUGGUGGUGUGCGAAUCCUAUUUGGAGACGCGAUCGAAUAUUUCGGUUCGCGAUAACCGAUUGAAAUUCGUUUUUACGUUUGCCGGCAUCGAGCUUCUAGAUUUUGAAGAAUUUGACUCUGGGGACAAAUUCGUCGGAUACUUCGACAUUCCCGACACCACAGGUGCUCCAAAACUAUUUGUAUUUAAAAACGCAGAGCUGCUGGCCGUGUGCCUUGAUAUGAUCGAUGUCGCUCUUCUCAAUCGUUAUCUGCUCGGCCGACAAGAGGUUCCAGACCUUGACGCCCUUACACCGAAAUGUGUGUCCCAAAAUUGCCUCAGUCAGACACACCUCGAUUUCGCACGGCAUGUCACAGACCUUUUCGCAGAUACGAAUACGGACUGGAAUGUUCGGCAGCUCCCUCGUGGGAUCGAACGAGUUUUGGAAGCCGUUGACAAUUGUGUCUCCCGUAACGUGACUUUCGCACAGUUCGAAAACCUUCUCACAGCUAUUAAACGGCUCGACCUGGACGUCGAAACUCACAAGUAUCUUUGGCAAACCCGUAAAUUUCUUCAGUUCACAAAAUUAUUUUCGGAUUCACAACAAUUUCUACCAUUGCUACGGUCAACCUAUUCACAACGCGUCCAAUGUCUGCCAUUGAACAUUCAAGCGCAGCUGUUGGCCAAUCAAGAAACUUUGAAAAUGAACACAAUCCAUGAAUUAAUCGAGGUUCUUGAAACGAUUUGCCGCAAUGGUAUCGUCCCGGGGUGGUUCAGUACAACACUUACCGACACAUUACGAAAUAAUCCGGAAAUACUCGAAAUAUUGCGAAAUGCCAAUUGUCUUGCGAAUUGGAAUGACGAAGGGAAGUUGUUCGCUUAUCCUUGGGGACACUACGCUAUUGGAGAAAAUGUUAAAAAAAUCAAAACUUACAUUGAAAAUCGCCCACUAGCAUCGUCUUCUACGGAUACAGAGGCUGGAAACAACUUCAAGCUUAAUAUCAAUCACACACCGCAGAGCCAGUCACUGGAGACAAAUCACGAACGUCAAGAAGCAUCGCGCCGUUGGAUUCAGCUAACGGGCCAGAGCUUACCGCAAAUCACUCUACAGUCCUUUGUUAAAAUUCGAAAGCUUGUUGCAGCCCCAACGAUGGACCACAAGGACAUCAACCAGAGAUUUCCGGAUAUCAUAAAGUACAUCGUUCAAGAGAUGAAAAUGUGGCGAGUAGCCGCAACGUUUCCGGUAGAAAUUGCAAAGUAUAUCAAUAAAUCUGCUUGCGGCGAUUCAGGACCGAAGAAGCAGCUGGGCAAACUAAAUUUUCACUCACGUGCACCACAGACCGCUGCUAUGGCUACGUCUGCAAAACAGCACAAUCUUCCGCUUUCGCGCUUAGACAUUCUCGUCUGUCUACUUUCCAACUGCUAUCCGCCCGUCGGCAGAGAUAUUAUCCACAUCAUCGCGAAGUAUAGUAUCCCGUAUCACUACCAAUAGUCGUCCAGGACAUCGUUCAC